AUGGCAAUUGAACGGAAAGCGAAAGAGUCUACUACGUGUUCACGCUGCCAAGAAUCUGCCAUCAAUCACUGCACAACAUGCAGAAUAUUUAUGUGUCAGAAAUGUUCAGAGUCCCAUGAUAGCUGGCUAGCGAUGAAACUAAGCCAUAAUGUGCUAUCUGUCGAGGAAUUGAGCGAUCCUGAAAGUCAAGUGAAAAUGAGAAGCAAACUUUAUUGCAUGAAACACGAAGACAAAGUACUCGAAUAUUAUUGUGAAACCUGUAAGGAACUUAGCUGUAUACAUUGUAUGGUGUUAAAUCACAUAAAACAAAACCAUUCGUGUGUGGCAGUGAGUGAGGUCGCACAGAAGCAAAGAGAGACAUUGCAAUUAAGCUGCACAACACUUGACGAGAAAUUGUAUGAAGGAAAGGAAGCGCUAAACAACAUUUGUGAGGUGAUGAAGUCUCUUGAAAAGAACGCCAAAACUGCUAAAGAACAAAUCGAAGAAGAAAAGGAAAAUAUCUUGACCGUUGUGGCAGAAAAAGUCAAUGAAAAAGCUGCGAAAAUGAAAGAGGAAGUGGGCAAGGUUUAUGGUGAAUUGCACAGCGAACUGAGCAAGCAACAUGUUGAAAUCAAAGAUUAUCUUGAUAAAGUCCAGACUUCAGUAUCCUUGCCAAGAAGUCUGCUAAAGAGAGGAAGUAUAGAAGAAAUUCUCUCAUCCCAAAAAUUGAUUGACGAAAAUAUUGAGAAGUUGGGAGAUGAGAAGCCAGUGAAUUUGGCCGCAGUGAAUGAUGGUGAUAUUCAAUAUGUACCUGACGACAUUGGUAAUAUCAAUUUUGAUGAAAUUGUUGGUAAAUUGGGUCAUGUAGAAGGUAUAUACAAUACUACACAAUAUUGUCAAUACAAUUAUUAUAAAUAUCAAUGUCUAGCAAAUUUUUUGACAACUUUAUCUUAGUAUUGCUAGUUUGGGUCUUCUGGUAUUUUCCUCUCAAAACUAAAUUAAACUGAAAAGGAAAUUUUCGAGUAUACAGUAGGGCUUGCGCACGAAAAUGGUAGGUUUGAAUUCAUAUAGUGUGCAAAUUUAGAAGAUGUUUUAAGAAGUACCAGACAAUUGACAGCGACCUCUUCAACUUGGACGUUUUUGCCAUAUAUAUAUAUAUAUAUAUAUAUAUAUAUAUAUAUAUAUAUAUAUAUAUAUAUAUAUAUAUAUAUAUAUAUAUAUAUAUAUAUAUAGUGUAGCCUUUCACGCAUAAUUUUUGAUGUUCUAGAUCUUGUGAAGAAUAUACGUAAAAUGUCAAUCAUGCAUAGAACUAUUCAUGCAUAACAUCAGUCAUGCGUGUGCUAAAUUAUUCGUGAAAGGCAACUAUGGCAAAGUUUUAGAGGUCGUGCGUAGGAUUUAAUGUAUGUACUUCAAGUUGUCUAAUACUUUGACAGUUCAUAAAACACCUUCCAAAUUUGCACGCUAUGAAUUCAACUUGCGUUUUAAACCUGGCAUAGGUGUGGACAUGAACUUGGAACUUGGCUGGAAUUCAGUUUUUUCCAAUAAUUUAGAGUUCAGUCCGGAAUUUAUUCAGAAGAAUGUUUGAAACUCAGUAUUGGAAAGAUGCACAAUUGUUGAAUUGGAUCGUCAUAUUUUUCGUACCAUUUUUGAACGUUAUUUCAAGUUCUGUACAUAGACUGCAAUAGUUAUGGUGGAUACAAUUAAUUGAUCAACUUAACAAGAAACUGAGGUAGAUAGUCUGUUUUACCCAGUUUGUCUUUGACGAGUAAAAAUUAUAUGUCAUGAGACACAGCAAAAUUACAAAACAGAGCACAUUGGGGCUUAAUCGAUCAUCAAGGAGAAAGAAAUCAUUUGUCACUUCUAAAUAUGUAGUUCAGCAUUAGUGCGUGUUCACAUUAUACACCCUACAGGGUGUAUAAUGUGAAAAUAUUUACUUAUAUUUCUGAAAUCAUACCUUUUGCUUCUCCUUUUACGCUCAAAUCAUCUCACAAAUCUCCAAACAUACACAAUCUUAAUGCAUGAUAUUAUGGUAAUUUUCUUUAUUAUUCUAUUGUACAUCCCAAACAUGUUACCAUGCAUGCUCUAGCGAGAAUCAUAGUAACACCUUACCAUUAAAUCAUGAAGUUUGCUAACCUAAGUAUCAUUGUUUAGGUGAUCCAUCAGUACAAGAUAAUUUGAAAAAGUCUUCCAACAUUUUGAAAGGAGAGAUUGCCUUCAUGAAACAACUACAGAAAUGGUUGCGAGAGAAGUGUAAAUGGAAUCUUUGUUACAGAGCGUCCAGAGAUGGUUGGAGUGCCCAAGAUUUUCACAGACAUUGUGACAAUAAAGGACCAACAGUGGUUUUGGUAAAAGCCAAUAAUUGUAUAUUUGGUGGAUACACUGAUGGAGAGUGGAAAGGUAUCUAUAGCCCCGUUUACACUACGCUCAAUUUUUGGUACGGCACGGAUAAAAUUGGUACCCGUACCACUUUUUUGGUUCUUGGACUACCUAAAUGGUCAGCCCCGUUUACACUACGCUC